AUUGAAAUGGCUUGAGGAUUAAACACCAAGUAGUUAAACUACCAGCCGAGUGGAUGAUCGCCGGGCUGGGAUGUGAAGUAACGGCGGAGGCAGCAUCGACACUUGUGACUUUUUUUCUGGGAACGAUUCAGUCCAUCCGUUUCGUCACAGCAAAGCGACACAGAACAAUGAAGCGCCAUGUCCAGAGCAGCCGCCCCCCGCAGGAGAUCACGGUGCUGGUGUCACCAGCCUCAGCUGCCUCUUAAACAUUAUCACCAGUGUAUAAACGGGCCUGUCUACUGUCAGGGCUCUGGUGGAGCAGACGUGAGGAGAGAGGCCAGCUGGAAGUCAUGGAGGAGGAGGUGAGCAUGGAGUAUUUACUGGAGCAGGUGAUGCACAACGACGUGGGGAAGAGGCUCCAGGUGGGCCAGGAGGUCACAGAGCUCAUCCUGGACGGGGAGAAGUCCCCCGAGCUGGAGCAGGACCAGGCCACGCUGGACAGGAUGGUGGAGGCGGUGGCCGGCUCCUGGGUCAACUCCAGCAACUUCAAGGUGGUUUUGCUGGGGAUGGAUAUUCUGUCGGCUCUGGUCAGCAGACUGCAGGAGAGGUUCAGGACGCAGGUUGGAACAGUUCUGCCAAGUCUCAUAGACCGACUGGGAGACGCCAAGGACCAAGUUCGAGACCAGGACCAAGCACUUCUGCUGAAGAUCAUGGACCAGGCUGCGAACCCACAGUAUGUGUGGGAGCGAAUGAUGGGAGGCUUCAAACAUAAGAACAACAGGACCAGAGAGGGACUCUGCCUCUGUCUCAUCUCCACCUUAAAUGUCUUCGGAUCUCAGAGUCUGACUCUCAGUAAAAUAGUUCCUCACAUCUGUCACCUGCUCGGAGAUCCCACAAGUCAGGUGCGUGACGGAGCCAUGACCUGCCUCGUAGAGAUCUACCGCCAUGUUGGAGAGCGAGUGCGGAUGGACCUGGGGAAGAAGGGUCUGCCUCAGUCACGGCUCAACGUCAUCUUCAGUAAAUUUGACGAAGUUCAGAGGUCAGGGAACAUGGUCCCGUCACCUGUGUCAGACAAAAACUUUGAGGACGAUGACUCGGUGGACGGCGGCCGCUCCUCAUCCUCGUCCAAAGGAGCCUCGCUGUCCGGGAAGACGAUGGUGAGCAUGGGGUCGUUCCGACGCCCCGCCUCCGCCUCCAGCGCCAAGUCUGCAGGGCGGGACAAGUCCGGAGCUGGAGCCGUGGACGAGGAGGACUUCAUCCAGGCCUUUGAGGAUGUUCCCACAGUGCAAAUCUACUCGAACAGGGAGGUGGAGGAGGCCAUGACGAAGAUCAGAGACGUGCUGUCAGACGACAAGAAGGACUGGGAGCUCAGAGUGGCGGCGCUGAAGAAGGUGCGUUCGCUGCUCCUCGCCGGCGCAGCCGAGUUUGACGGCUUCCUGCAGCAGCUGAGGCUCAUGGAGGCGGCGUUCAAACUCUCCGCCAAGGACCUCCGCUCCCAGGUGGUGCGAGAGGCCUGCAUCACUCUGGGACACCUGUCGCUGGUGCUCGGCGUUCGCUUCGACCACGCAGCAGAGGCCGUCAUGCCGAGCCUCCUCAACCUGGUCCCCAACAGUGCCAAAGUCAUAGCCACGUCCGGCGUGGCCGCCAUCCGCCUCAUCCUGCGACACACACACUUCCCACGGCUCAUCCCCAUCAUCACCAGCAACUGCACCUCCAAGUCCGUGGCCGUGAGGAGACGCUGCUUCGAGUUCCUGGACCUGCUGCUGCAGGAGUGGCAGAGCAGCUCUCUGCAGAGACACGGCACAGUUCUGAUGGAAACCAUAAAGAAAGGAGUCCACGACGCGGACGCCGAGGCUCGCUCUGUGGCCAGGAAGUGUUACUGGAGCUUCCACAGUCACUUCAGCCGGGAGGCGGAGCAUCUGUUCCAGGGCCUGGAGGCGUCCUAUCAGAAAGCUCUGCAGGCUCACCUGAGGAGCGGAGACAGUCUGAUGUCGCUGCCCACCUCCGACCGCUCCUCCUCCUCCUCCCAGGAGAGCCUCAAUCGACCUCUGUCAGUGAAAAGCUCGGCUGGAAGCGGCUCGUCCAGAUCCAAACCUGGCCACGCCUCCAGGACGCCCGCAGCAGCCUCCUCUCAAGGCUCCCUGCAGCGUUCUCGCAGCGACGUGGACGUCAACGCCGCGGCCACCGCCACCGCCCGCACCAGGAUGCCCGCCGUGCCCUCCGCCGUGUCGUCAGCUUUUCCCUUCAGCUCGGCCUCGGCCCUCCCCCCCGGAUCCUACGCCUCUCUGGACGGCUCGUGGUCUGUUAAUGCAGACGGUCGAGUCCGAACCCGGAGGACGAGUGCAGGAAACGGCCCGUCUGUGACAGACAGCCGUGGGCGGAGCCGAGGGAAAGUUGUCUCGCAGUCUCAACCCGGGAGUCGGUCAGGUUCCCCGGGGCGACUGCUGACCUCCACCUACGGUAGAGUCCCCAGACCGACGAUGGGCACCGCCGCCGCCGCCAACAGCACCUCCACCGGUCUGACCGACAAGAGCCGCCCCCGAGGUCACCGCAGCCAGGGCUGCAGCCGAGAGACCAGCCCCACCAAAUCAGACCGCCUGUCCCAUCAGGCUCGGAUCUCGGCCUCCGUCAACGCCAUGAGGAUCCUCAACACCGGCACGGAGGUGGAGGCCGCUGUGGCAGACGCUCUGCUGUUAGGAGACUCCAGGAGUAAGCGGAGGCCGGUGAGGCGCCGCUUCGAGUCGCCGGGCAUGUACUCGGACGACGACGCCAACAGCGACGCCUCCAGCGCCUGCUCGGAGCGCUCCUACAGCUCGCGCAACGGCGGGAUGGCGCCGCACUACCUGCGUCAGACGGAGGACGUGGCCGAGGUGCUGAACCACUGCGCCAGCGCCAACUGGUCGGAGAGGAAGGAGGGGCUGCUGGGACUGCAGAACCUGCUGAAGAGCCAGAGGAUGCUCAGUCGGGUGGAGCUGAAGAGACUUUGUGAGAUCUUCACCAGGAUGUUUGCGGACCCUCACAGCAAGGUGUUCAGCAUGUUCCUGGAGACUCUGGUGGACUUCAUCAUCCUGCACAGGGACGACCUGCAGGACUGGCUGUUCGUGCUGCUCACCCAGCUGCUGAAGAAGAUGGGGGCCGACCUCCUGGGCUCCGUCCAGGCCAAAGUCCAGAAGGCGCUGGACGUCACCAGAGAGUCUUUCCCGUACGAGCAGCAGUUCAACAUCCUGAUGCGUUUCAUCGUGGAUCAGACGCAGACGCCCAACCUGAAGGUGAAGGUCGCCAUCCUGCGCUACAUCGAGGCUCUGGCUCGCCAGAUGGACCCGGCCGACUUCGUCAACUCCAGCGAGACGCGCCUCGCCGUCUCCCGCAUCAUCACCUGGACCACCGAGCCCAAGAGCUCCGACGUCCGCAAGACCCUCCAUAACUGGGCGGGGGAGGAUUUCUCAGGCCGACCCGGCACCGUGGCCUCUCUGCCCGGGGAGGGCAACCUGGAGGAGAGGUGCAAGCAGGCGGCCCAGGUGGUGCUGAUCGCCCUGUUUGAGCUCAACACACCUGAGUUCACGAUGCUGCUGGGAGCUCUGCCCAAAACCUUCCAGGACGGGACGACCAAGCUGCUGCACAACCACCUGAGGAACGCCAGCGCCAACAGCGGCAUCGUCAUGGCGUCUCCCAGUAACUCGGCCAGUCGGACGCCUCCUCGUCCGCCGAGCAGCCGCAGCAGCCCUCUGACCUCGCCCACCAACUGCUCCCAUGGAGGGCUUUCUCCCAGUCGGCUGUGGGGUUGGAGCGCAGACGGGAUCUCCAAGUUCCCCCCUCCACCCUUCCCCUCCCCUCUUCCUCCACCCACUGCCCACUCCUCCCUCAAGGCCCUGCGGCGAGCUUACUCCCCCAGCAUGCUGGAGUACGACAGCGAGAACCUGAACUCAGAGGAGAUCUACAGCUCCCUGCGCGGCGUCACCGAGGCCAUCCAGAACUACAGCUUCCGCAGCCAGGACGACCUGAUGGAGCCGCUGAGGCGGGACGGCAAGAGGGACGGCUCGUCCGGAGUCGCGGCGUCCUCAGACUCCGACCCUCGGCUCGGCGGUGAUGUGACGGAGGGCGGACGCACGGCCCUGGACAACAAGACGUCGCUCCUGAACACUCCCUCGCCACGAUCCUUCGCCGGGCCACGCCUCCGCGACUACAACCCGUACAACUACACCGACACGCUGGACAAAGCCGCCCUGAAGGAGGCGCUGUACGAGGACGCCGUGGAGCAGCUGCGAGACGGUCGUCGACAAGAGAGCGUGGAAAACAAGAUGCUGAGCCCCAAAAGUUUCCCUGCGGCCCCCGCCGAGCAGCUGGAGCUGGUCGGGGAGCUGCUGAAGGAGCUGUCCCAGGGCCAGGCGGGGGAGCGGGGCCCCGAGGAGCGGCGGGGGACCCUGCUGGAGCUGCUGAAGGUGGCCCGCGAGGACAGCCUGGUGGUGUGGGAGGAGCACUUCAAGACCAUGCUGCUGCUGCUGCUGGAGACGCUGGGGGACAAAGACCACACCAUCCGCGCUCUGGCCCUGCGAGUCCUGAAGGAGAUCCUGAGGAACCAGCCGGCCCGCUUCAAGAACUACGCCGAGCUCACCAUCAUGAAGGCGCUGGAGGCUCACAAGGACUCGCACAAGGAGGUGGUGCGGGCGGCGGAGGAGGCGGCGACCGCGCUGGCGAGCUCCAUCCACCCGGACCAGUGCAUCAAGGUCCUGUGUCCCAUCGUGCAGACGGCCGACUACCCCAUCAACCUGGCCGCCAUUAAGAUGCAGACCAGGGCCAUUGAACGCAUCACCAAGGAGCCGCUGCACCAGCUGCUGCCGGACAUCAUACCUGGACUCCUGCAGGGCUACGACAACACAGAGAGCAGCGUGAGGAAGGCCAGCGUCUUCUGCCUGGUCGCCAUCUACUCUGUGAUCGGGGAGGAGCUGAAGCCGUACCUGGCUCAGCUGACCGGCAGCAAGAUGAAGCUGCUGAACCUGUACAUCAAGAGGGCGCAGACCUCCACCAGCAACAGCAGCAGCUCCUCCGACAUCUCCUCCUACUAACGCCGAGCUUCCCGCCUCAUUCCACCCGCUGAUCCGACAUCACUGGGAUCAGGAUUAUUUACAUUAUUAGGACCAGCACCAGGACCAGGACCAGGACCAGGACCAGGACCAGGACCAGGCCCCAGCGCCCAAAACUAUUUCAUUCUUGAGGAGCUCGUGUCGCCGCGGCUCCAGUUUCCGGACCAUUUUCCCGCCAUCUUGAAAGCUUAGGUCAUCUUCUGGGAGGUAAGGUGACCCUGGCAGCUACGACGUUUCAUAGAGACCAGGUCCUGAACCUGAACCUCCACAAUUCCCCUUAGAGUCAUGAGCCUUAAGUCUUCAUCCUCCGUCGAUGAACAGUGGAAGAACCCGUUCUCCAGAACAUCUCCUCCUCCCGCUCGCUCCUCGAGGCGCCAUCACGUUGUGGAUUUAAGGUGGAGCUGAGAAAGGUUUGUGAACGUCGUCGUAGCAUCGAGACCGUCGUCGUCUUAAAGGAGAGUUUCAGUGUUUUUAUUCAUUUUAGAACCUUUUAAUCAAACCGUUAAUUUGCUUUGACACAUCAGACUUUCUCGUAUAUUGAAUGUAAAGAGCUUUGAACGCGCGUGGAUCUCACCUGUGUUUCUCCUUCCUGAACUGCUGCCUCGUCGCACCUGGUGGAUCAGUCCGAGAGGAGUCGCAACAUUUUCCAGUUUCUAAUCCUGCGUUUGGUGAAUUUUGAGCUUUUAGAGAAAAGUGGCACAAAAGUCUUUUUAAAGGCUGAAUUCAAGGGUCCAUCCGAAGAGUCACAUGUCCAGCAUCAUGAGCUUUGAUUGGCCGACACCUCACUGAGCACACAGAGGACCGUGUCCGCUCUUCACAAUGUGAAAUCACGUUUAUAUGAGACGAUCAUUUGGCUGGCCAAUGAUUUUAAACACUACAGAGAUUAAAGAGAAGAAGAAGAACCAGCAGAAGAUUUCAGUGUUGUUAUAAAAACUAAAUCAGUUUCUACCUGUGAAGGAAAGAAGAACUUUAUUCCAUCUGUGUGAAACUCAUCAGCUCAACUUCCAUUUAAAAAUCAAUGAUCAAUAAUUCAUGUUUCCUUCCUGGAUUGAAAAAUGUAAAAACUGAAACGGGAGUUUUUCCGCAGAUAAACAUCAUCAGAUUCUGAAAUUAGAAAAUGAAAUUGAUUCAAUCAGCUGCAGGAAGUUGAAACAAAAAUCAAUCACAAGAAACUAAGAAAAGAAAAUGUUUCCUCUUUUCUAACAGAGUGAUCCCUCUCUCCGGAUAAAUGGAAAAUGAAGCUGAGGAGUUUGACAUGGACCGUAUUUCUCAUCAUAUAUAUCUGAAUUGAUCCGUUGGGCUUUAAUGUGAGGAAGUGAAAGGUCACAGAGGAAGUAACAGUAUUAACACUUUAGGAGAAUUAAAGCAAACCACUGAAUCGACAGCAGCUGCCUUUUUCCUGAAGGAUGUGAAUCAUAAAGUCCAGCUCUGCUGUCACGUCAAGACUACUGUGAUUUAUUAGUUUCAUUCCAAAAUACUUUAAUAUAUAAAUAUAUAUGUUACACUAAAAGAUGAUCUGAAGUUCAGGAUGAAGGUCUAAAACAGUAUCAGUAUUUAAAUUGAUGACAAAGCGUCGUCAGUGUGAAGAAGCUCCUCUGUAUCAGCUGAUCCUAAAUUGAAUGUAAGUCACUGUAAGACUUUUAAAAUGUGAAAUAUUUGAGCAAACGACAAACAGGCGACAGUUAAUCUGACAAUCUGAACCAGUAGAUGCUACUGAAGGUUAGCGACACGGCUAAUCGACGAGCUGUAAAGUGCCAGCGUUGAAAAUGACAUCAGCAAUAAAGUGAGAAACCAGCCGGGAUGUUGAGGUGUCAGAUUCCACUGCUGGUCCAAGUACACACCUUUUUAUUUUUAAAGUGCACCUAUAAUGAAGCGUCACUGCUGCUUAUUCUAACACUAACAAACGCACCUAAUACUCCAGCCUGUACUGCUCUCAGCAGGGAGUUCGACUCCUGACUCCUUCAGCUUUCCUGGUGCUAAACUCCGCCCGUCUGCCGCGCCAGGCAAGUCCAAACAAACGCUCCAGAGGAGGUUUAAGUCCAGGACGAGUUUGACAUUUUGGGAAAUGCACUAGUUUGUUUUUUAUGUCAUAUUUCAUCUUUUCUUCUCAUCUGAUUAAAAAACAACAACAUUUCCCAAAAUGUAGAACGCUGUGUUGACGGGACGAGAGCCCAGAGCGUGAAGGUGAAUAUUUCCAGGCCUUACUUUAUCUCCGAACACUGGGACUGUUAAAUGUACUGUAGCGGCGCCAGUGUCGUCUCUCUGGACUGAAUGUUUCCUCCAGAGUCGGUGAAGUCCUCCGCAGCGUGUCGUCCGGUCCCGGCGACCCAGUGUUAUCCCCACUGAACUCAUGUCCCUUUACUCUUUUGUACAGUGUGAGUCCAACCGUCUGAAGUCCGUCUGCAUGCGUCCCUCACAGGAACCGUAGGAUGUUUCUCCCUGUGUUAGUUUGACAGAAGCGGUCGAGCUAAAUCUCCAACUUUAAACAUGUACCUUUGAUUUCCUGAAUGUGUGCCUUUGGGUCAAGAUUUCUGGCAAUAUACCUGGUUGUCCUGUACAUUACUAACCUGUACUAACACUACGCCACACUGCUUCUUAAUGUGACAACACGGUUUUAAUGAAGAGAUGCAGUGCUGUAAAUACGCCUCAAUAUUUUCCAUUGAAACCACUCACAGUGCAUGGCUCCUGUUUUCUAGGUUAUUAGUUUUAUUUCAUGCUUUACAAUAUUUAUAUUCAGUUUUAUUUCCCUGUGUAUGACUGUAUAUAUUUACAUGUUUGGUUCCUUUCACCUGUGAUAGACUUUCAGAACAUGAAAUAAACUACCAGACUUCUA